CAUACACACCUCACAUUUACAUUUGGAAAUGGUAUUUACAUCCUUAUUUCAUUUUCUUACAGCACGCACGGGUGAGUUCACUGAUCCGUGGCACCUGUAUCAUCUACUGGAAGACAUACACAAACUCCUAUGACAAAUUCCUCAUGUACGCGCGCAUCUCACAUACAAAUCGAGAAGGUAACCAGGUGGUUGACAUCUUGGCAAACAGAGGAGCGGAAAAAAUAUCUGGUAUCUGCAAAGAGUGAGAGAUGGCUCUUGUGGAACGACACCAAAUUUGUACGGGAAUAAAGGUCGAAGAAUUUGUGUUCUCACCAACAAUAAAACCACCAGGAUCAAUAGAUUCCCUAUUCCUAGGCGGCGCAGGGGUAAGGGGAGUUUUGAUCCAAGGCGAGUUCAUCAAAGUUACAGCAAUAGGUAUCUAUCUAGGAGAAGAAGCCAUUCCUUCACUCUCCCUUAAAUGGAAAUCCAAAACUUUACAAGAGUUGUAUGAUGACCUCGAAUUCUUCAUGGACAUUGUUACAGGUCCAUUUGAAAAGAUGACAAAGAUUACAAUGAUCUUACCAUUAACGGGGCCUCAAUACUCAGAAAAAGUGAUGGAGAACUGUGUCACUUACUUGAAAGGUAGAGAAAUAUACACAGAGGAAGAAGUCAAAGCAGUUGAGAAGUUCAUGGACAUCUUCAAGAAUGAAACUUUCCCCCCAACCUCAUCCAUUCUCUUCACUCUUUCACCUCUCGGAACUCUUACGGUUGGGUUCUCAAAUCAUGAUUCCACGCCUGACGUAGAAAAAGCAGCUGUCAUAGACAACAAGGCAUUGUCAGUGGCGGUUCUCGAGUCAAUCAUUGGGAAGAAUGGGGUUUGUCCCCCUGCGAAGCAGAGUUUAGCUGUGCGCAUCUUUGAACUCCUCAAGGGCCAUCCUAAUAUUCCUGAGUAUAGAAUUCUGUAAAAGAAAAAGAAAAAACAAACCUGUACCGCAAGGAUUCCUACAAAAAUCUAUAAAU